GGGCCGGGCCGGAGCGGAGCGGGCGCUGCCCGGUGGGCUCCAUGGCGCUGCCGGUGCUGUCGAGCUCGGGGGUGAAGUUCCGGCGGGUCCUGGCGCACUUCCCUCAGGAGCUCAGCCUGGCCUUCGCCUACGGGUCCGGAGUUUUCCGGCAGGCGGGGGCCUCGGCCGGGCACGGCGAGAACAAUAUGCUGGACUUUGUGUUUGCUGUUGAUGACUCUGUGACCUGGCAUAUGAUGAACUUGUUAAAGAACAGGAGUCAUUAUUCCUUCCUAAAACUUUUUGGGCCAAAACAGAUAAGUAGUAUACAGAGCUAUGGAGCAGGGAUUUACUACAAUACUUUAGUGCCAUGUAAUGGUAGGAUGAUAAAAUAUGGUGUAAUUAGCACUGAUACCCUGAUUGAUGAUUUACUUCACUGGAAAACCCUGUAUGUCGCUGGACGCCUCCAAAAACCGGUGAAAAUACUGACACAGAAUGAGAAUAGCAAGCUGCAAGCUGCUCUUGUUAGCAAUCUGAAGAGUGCAGUCACAGCAGCCUUUCUCAUGUUACCAGAAAGUUUCUCUGAAGAAGACCUCUAUAUGCAGAUUGCAGGACUCUCCUAUUCUGGUGAUUUCAGAAUGGUAAUAGGAGAAGACAGAUCGAAAGUGCAGAACAUAGUGAAACCUAAUGUUCCCCAUUUUCAGAAGCUGUACAGUAACAUAUUACAGGACUGCCCUCAAGUGGUAUAUAAGCACCAUCUGGGAAGGCUAGAGAUUGAUAAAAGUCCAGAAGGUCAAUUUACGCAACUAAUGGCUUUGCCAAGGACUCUGCAGCAAAAGAUAACUUCUCUGGUAGACCCUCCUGGAAAAAACAGAGACGUGGAAGAAAUUUUACUGCAGGUUGCCCAUGACCCUGACUGUGGAUUUGUGGUGCAUCAAGGCAUUUCAGGAAUUGUGAGAUCUUCCAGUAUAGUGCAGAGUGCUAAAACCAUACUAACAGCUGUCUGGUAUUGGGGCUUACAUCCUAGAUGAUGAGAUUGUGCACAUUCUGCACACUCACAGCUAACUCUGACCCUGCAUCCUUGGAUUAGAAAAUUGCCAAGUAGAAGACUGAGUCAGUAGCAGUUUGAUAUUGGAAGGUGAGUUUGUACAGACAACAGUAGAUGAUGAAACUACAUCACUGGGCUUUAACUUCUUACAAAAUUAAGUGGAUUAUAUUUAAAGGUUGUACUUGCAUAGAUGCUGUUAAGCAAAGCAUCUGUUUUCUUCUGCUUUACUUUUAUUUAAAGAAUGUAUCUUCUCUGUUCCUUGUCUAGUUUAUUUGUGACUAAUUUCAGCAGGAUUCUCUUCCUAAUAUAAAAUUGAAAAUGAUUGUGUUAUUUGUAUUGAAAACAACAGAAGAAAACCCAGAACCCCAACCCCUUCUGCCCUUCUGAGUUCAUGACUAAAAUGAUGGCUGUCCGAUGUUCCACUUGUAUUAGUGCAGCUGCCCAUGUGGUACCUUCCAGCCCUGUUCCCAUCCCCAAUAAACCCAGGGACUGCAGGCAGCAAGGCUGUGGGCUGGGGUCGCCUGUAGCCUCCUGCAAGCCAUUCUGAAAUCACAGUGGUAAGGGCACAUCUGGAAACCUGAGGUGAAAGCCCACUUGUUCUGGUGAGAUAAUUGAUCUUCGUCUAGAAAUUGCUAGCUUGAUUCUUCCAGUGUUGAUUCCCCAAUGCAUCUUUGAGCUGAUAGGUGGGGAUAUUCAGAAGGGCUUUACACAGUCUUUUGGUGUCCAGUUCCUUUAGGCAGGCGUGUUACUUUUGUCCAGUGACCUACUGCUGGUGUCUUUGGUUUAGAAGAAAUUCUGGUGACUAAACAACCUUUUCUUAUAGCCUUGAAAUGUAUGUAAAUUAUGUAGCUUACAGUGAGUUAGAAUGUAAACUAUUAAAAAAAUUUCUCAUCUAAU